AUGUUGGCGGAGCAGGUGGCUCGCGCAAAAGUCGAAGGGCAGGAGCAGCUCCGCCAUAUGUUGAUGAUCCAUGUGAGGGUUCGCAGUUUGAACGCGCACGGGCAGACGAUUCACUCCGUGCACAGCCGGAAUCCGGUGACGAGGAGGAGGUCGCAGACGAAGAGGAGCCGGGCCAAAACGAACUCGUCUACUACUGCUCCGGCAGGCGAACGCGCGGGAUUUUGUACCGGUCCACCGCGUUUUGCGACGGUGCGGAAGGUUGGUGAUGAAGUAGAAACUUUUACAGCCUCAGAACGUGGCUAUGGUCGAGGCCACAAAAGAUAG